CGCUGGCGGUGUACAACUCGGUUGUUAUACGAACAUAUACUACUAACGGCAGCGUGUAGAGGCAGAGGCGUGUACGCUUUUCAACGCAAUAGCGCAAAAAAACCUAGAAAGAAACAAUUCUUACUCGUCGCCUCAGUGCUAUGACACUACAAAUAAAUACAUACAUACAUGCAGGCGAACAUGCAUACAUGUGUAUAUAAUACAAGUUAGAAACAAGUGAAAGAAAACAUCAAAUAGUGGCUUGCUGUAUUUUAUAGUGUUUUAUGAGAACGGAGAGCAAGCAAGCAAAAAUUAAUAUAUAUUCAUACAUAUAUGUAUAUUAUUGCACAUGUAAACCUGAAGUAGCUGAAAAAAUAUUUUAUUGAAAUUACAAAGUACCUACAACUUAAAAAAUAUUAUAUAUUUAUAAAAAAUAUAUAAAUAUAUUCUAACUGGCAGCAUAAGCGAGUGCUGAAAAUACAAAAGUGCAACUAGUAAUUGUGAAAACGCGUGUUCGUUAGCGGCCGGUCGUCGUGUUGAUUGUAAAUAUUUGGCGUUUUUCGUUAGUUUCGCUGCGACGUUGACAUUAGUUGCUGGCGGGACGCGUAAAAUUGAACGUGAUCGUGCGUGCAUUGAAAGUGCAUGCUGUAACAACAACAAUUACAACAACAAUAAUAGUUACAACGACAAGAAAAAACGUGUUAACCAGUGAAUGCGAAAAUCAUUUGAAAUAAGUGCAUGCAAUUUAAGCAGCAAAUAUACAAGUGCAAAAUUAUAAAACGCAAGCAUGUAUUUCGUGCACAAAUUAGUACGCAAAAAGUAAUGAAACUAGAAAACAAACAGUGAAAUAUUAUUUACCAAAAAAUAAAAAUUCUUAAAAAAAGCAAAUUUUACACACAAUAAAAUUUUCCAAACAAAAAAAAAAAAACAAGUGUUUAAAAAUUAGUUCAACAAGUCUGCUGUGCAGCGCAAACUAGGCUAAAGUGAAUAACGUGUCUACCAAAUACACCCACACACACAUACACAACCCAAUCAAACAACUUCACCAACUUGACUGGCCGAACAACAAUGAUGAAGCGACGUUGGUCGAAUAACGGCGGUUUCGCCUUUCGCAUGCUAGAAGAAUCCUCCACCGAAGUGAGCUCAUCCUCCAACGGGCUCGUGCUCAGCACGGCAUUAUCGCCCUCACCGCUCGACUCACCCGUUUAUGGUGAACAAGAUCUGUGGUAUGAUGCCGCAUUCAAUGGACAUGGUGGUCAUAGCGUGAUCACCUCGGCACAUGGUUGCGCUGCGCUGCUGCCGCCACAAACUACAAUAAUACCGUUGCCACCAUUGGGUGGUGUCAUAAAUAAUAUGAAUGUCAACGGCGCUGGCAACAACACAAAUGGCACGAAUUUUGUUCAUGGUAAUGGUGGCGUUGGUGGCGGCGGCGGCGGUGUAAUGGGCCAUGGCAAUCAACUGAACAACGGGCAUCUGGGCAAUCAACAAAAUGCACAGAAUAAUAAUAAUAAUAAUAAUUUGAAUAUGAAUAACAACAACAAUACAAAUAUGUUGCAUGCAACACUAAAUCAGGGUCUAAUUAAUGGUUUGAUGGGUAGUGUGUUGGGUGGCAAUGCCGGCAUGCAACACAAUGGACUCAACAUGCAACAGCAUACGCCACGUAGCGAUUCGGCGAAUUCAAUAUCGUCAG